AUGGAAGACAAACCUGCAAACAAAGCAAUUAACUUUCUCGAAAAAAACGGCUUAGUCCAAGCUUAUGAGUGUAAUCACUAACCAGAUCUUCUGACAAGUCUCUGUGAGCAUGGCCUGCCUACUGGUGACCUUUAUGAAUUUGCAGCACUUAUGAUGCUGAAAUUUGAAAAGAAAUGGAAAGCAAAGCAGCGACAGUUAGCUCUUAAAGCCAAGCAAGAAGCCACCCCAGAGAAAAAAGUAAAAGGUGAAGAGCCUAGAGAAGAAGAAAAAAAGAAACCUCCAGAGCCUAAUAAGAAAAAAGGAAUCGAGGAUGAGAAAAAAGGAAAAAUUGUCCAAGAAGAGGAUAAAAAAGCAAAAAAUCGAUCGCCUGAAAGAGUCCCAGAAGAAGGGAAAAAAGGUAAAAACGCUCCUGUUGUAGAGGAAGAGAGAAAAGGAAAAAAUAAAGAAGAAAUUAAGCGUGUACAGCCAGAUGAGCCGAAAAAAGGGACAUCGAGAAAAACAGAUGAGACUUCGAGAUCUCCUGAGCCUCAGAGAAAAAUGCCACAGGAGUCAGUGAGAAGUAAAAAAUAA